ACAAAUCAGCGGUUGGGCCGAAUACCUUUAGUGAUUGGAAUGCCUGUAAUCAUAACACAGAAUUUCGACGUUCAUGCAGGGAUAGUUAAUGGGUCCCAGGGUAUAUUAAAAAGUAUUCGAUAUAAAGUCGAUGAACAAGGGCAUCGACAUGCUAUAUCCUGUGUUAUUACUCUGUCCACAACGAAUACAACAGAACCCUUACCUUACAUGGACAGCAAGGACGAUGUUGUGGCGUUAGAAGAUAAAGUCAGUUUAUCUUUC